GGACACUAUAAAAGCCGUGCGCAGGCGCCACCGCCCUCUCUUUGGAGCUGGGCGAGGUCCCGGAGCCGCCGCCAUGGGCCGCCGCCCGGCGCGAUGUUACAGGUACUGCAAGAACAAACCGUACCCCAAGUCCCGCUUCUGCCGGGGGGUUCCCGACCCCAAGAUUCGCAUCUUCGACCUGGGCCGCAAGAAGGCGAAGGUGGACGAGUUCCCGCUGUGUGGGCACAUGGUGUCGGAUGAGUACGAGCAGCUCAGCUCCGAAGCGCUGGAGGCCGCCCGCAUCUGCGCCAACAAGUACAUGGUGAAGAGCUGCGGGAAGGACGGGUUCCACAUCCGGGUGCGCCUGCACCCCUUCCACGUCAUCCGCAUCAACAAGAUGCUCUCGUGCGCGGGGGCCGACAGGCUGCAGACCGGGAUGCGCGGCGCCUUCGGGAAGCCGCAGGGGACGGUGGCGCGGGUGCACAUCGGCCAGGUCAUCAUGUCCAUCCGCACCAAGGCCCAGAACAAGGAGCACGUGGUGGAGGCCCUGCGCAGAGCCAAGUUCAAGUUCCCCGGGCGCCAGAAGAUCCACAUCUCCAAGAAGUGGGGCUUCACCAAGUUCAACGCCGACGCCUUCGAGGAGAUGGUGGCUCAGAAGCGCCUCAUCCCCGACGGCUGCGGGGUCAAGUACGUCCCGUGCCGGGGCCCCCUGGACCGCUGGCGGGCGCUGCACGCGGCCUGAACCCCGGCACCCCCAG